UUCUUUCUAUUAAACCAUUAAAUCCAUUCUCCAAUUUAGUGUCCAUAAACCUUAAACUUGUCCUUCACCAAUUACAAGCUUAAACCAUGUUCAACUUCAACAAAAUCUUGUGCCUCCUAUGUUUCCCUUUCCUGUGUUUUGAAUUGUCUCAUUGUACUUUAUCUACUACUUCUUCACUAGUAAGUGACUUCACUUCUUGUUUGGCCAAUCACAACAUCAACAACUUCACCACUUUCCCUUACAAAGAUUACGAUAAGUCAUCAGCUCAUGACUACUUCAAGAUUCUGAAUUUUUCCAUUCAGAAUCUCCGGUUCGCCGGGGGUGCAGUUCCUAAGCCUGUAGCAAUAGUACUUCCAGAGAGUUUGGAGCAUCUACAGAGAAGUGUAGCAUGCUGCAGAGAAUUCUCCUUUGGAAUCAGAGUGAGGUGUGGUGGACAUAGCUACGAAGGUACUUCAUCAGUUUCGGAUGACGGAUCACUCUUCGCCAUCAUUGACAUGAUGAAUUUGAACCAUGUUUGGGUGGAUAUGGAGACAGAGACAGCAAUGGUUGAAGGUGGUGCAACCUUAGGAGAGACCUAUUAUGCUAUCUCGCGAGCCAGCAAUGAACACGGCUUCUCAGCAGGGUCAUGUCCAACUGUAGGAGUUGGAGGACACAUUGGUGGGGGAGGAUUUGGGUUGCUCUCUAGAAAACAUGGCCUCGCGGCCGACAAUGUCAUCGACGCGCUUCUUGUUGAUGCCAAUGGGCGAUUGCUGAGCAGAGAAUCCAUGGGGGAAGACGUGUUUUGGUCUAUUAGAGGAGGAGGUGGUGGAAUUUGGGGAAUUGUCUAUGCUUGGAAAAUCAAGCUAUUGAAAGUUCCACAAGUUGUAACUGCUUUCGCGGUAUCAAGAAAUGGCACAAGAAAACAUGUUGCCAAUCUUGUUCAUAAAUGGCAAAAUGUAGCACCAAAUUUGGAUGAUGAUUUCUACUUGUCAUGCUUUCUUGGUGCUAAUUUACCUGAAGCCAAAUCUAUAGGCAUAUCAGCUACAUUUAAAGGGCUUUUUCUUGUUCCUAAAGGAAUUGCCAUGUCCAUCAUAAACCAUGAUUUUUCUGAAUUGGGAAUUUUGGAACAAGAAUGUGUAGAAAUGAGUUGGAUUGAGUCAAUUGUUUUUUUCGCUGGCCUAAGUGAUGGAGCCUCAGUUCCUGAUUUGAAGAAUAGGUACCUUGCAGACAAAGAAUACUUCAAAGCCAAAUCAGAUUUUGUGAAGGCUCCUAUUCCUAUUGAGGGAAUUGAAAUUGCACUGGAGAUUCUAGAAAAGGAGCCUAAAGGGCUCGUAAUUCUUGACCCUUCUGGUGGAAAAAUGCAUAGUAUAAGCAGUGAUUCAAUUGCUUAUCCACAUAGAAAAGGAAACAUUUUUUCAAUUCAGUAUUUGAUAUAUUGGAAAGAAGAGGACAAUGAUAAGAGCAAUGAUUAUAUUGAUUGGAUGAGAGGGUUCUAUGAUUCUAUGGCACCAUUUGUUUCAUGGGGUCCAAGGGCUGCAUAUGUUAAUUACUUGGACUUUGACCUUGGAGUUAUGAACAUGAUUAGGUUUAGCAAUGUGAAGGAUGCUGUGGAUCAUGCAAGGGUUUGGGGUGAGAAGUACUUUUUGGGUAACUAUGAUAGGUUGGUGAAGGCCAAGACUUUGAUUGAUCCAAACAAUGUUUUCACUAAUGAACAAGGGAUUCCUCCCUUGUACUUUGCUCGUCCUAGUGGCAAAGCAAUGAGUGCUUGAAUUGAAUGUCAUGACUUUGUUGCCUAAGUUUGUAAAAAGUGUAUAACCAUGGUUACUCAUUCAAACUUUGUGUAGAGUGUAGACAAGUACAAGUGUGAUUACCUUCUUUGUGAUUGUGUGCAUCUAUAAUGCAAAUGUAUUGCAU